AAGUAAAUAAAGAUCAAAUGGCAGGACCGUAUUUAUCACCUUUACCGGGUGAUUUACUCACAGAAUAUAUGUUUGGCAGACGACGACAAAGGCGGAAUCGCACCACAUUCAGUCCGCAACAAUUACAAGAACUCGAAGCACUUUUUCAAAAGACGCAUUACCCAGAUGUUUUCCUCAGGGAAGAAGUGGCGCUUAGAAUAAGUUUGUCGGAAGCACGUGUACAGGUAUGGUUUCAAAAUCGAAGAGCAAAAUGGAGGAAACAAGCUCGCUUACAACUACUUCAAGAUGCUUGGCGAAUGCGCUGCCUUGGCAUUAGCCCUUCUCCGUUAAUAUUACCAGGUCGACCAACUGCUCCAUUACCAGGAGAUCCCCCACUGCAAGAAAAAAUACAAGAUACUUAUCCAAUAAUACCACCGGGUAUUCCUGCUCCGUGUCCAUGCUCACCUGGAACUGAAAGCACCAGCCCUGCAAGUCUUCGGAGUUCCAGUCCAAGUCCACUAUCUCCGGGCGGUCCAGAUGAUUUGUCGGUAUGCAAGAAUCCUGCAUCGCGUAUAGAGCAUCCAUCAAACACAAGUAGUGGACUAUUAAACAGCAAUUAAGUUAUCAUUUUUUUUUUUUCGUGAAAUGUGACAAAUGUAUAGUUAGAAAAAUAUCUUCUGUUACAGGUAGUUAUUAAAAAACUAGCUAGCAACAAUAUUGAACUGUAGACUGCAACUUGUUCUGAGUGAAUACUCUAGUUCUUUUUAAUAACUCGAGUAGUACCUAAUUAUUGUUAUUGCCAUAACUGCUGUAUGUACAUCAAUAAAAGUUCUAUAAAA